GCAAUUUGAGCAAAAUUCAGCUGUUCGUCUUGGUUGGUCGCCUUCCUCUCUGCUUCCAGAAAUCUCACGACGACGUCUCGCACCAGCCUUAAACCCUUGCGUCUCCCUCUCCAUCUCUCUAGAGAAGCGACUGGAAGCGCCCCAGUUCACCUCUCGCUGCUGCAUCGAUCAGGCAAGCGUUCCUUGAACGUCGACGUCCGCGGAGAUGGAGGCCGCGGCGGCCACCUCCGACGAAACCCUAGCCGCCGUCUUCGCCCAGCUCAGGCCGCACACCGUUGCCCUCCUCGACGUCCUCCGCAGCCGCGGCCCCACCUCCAACACCGCCGCCGCCGCCUCAUCCCUCCGCGCCAUGGCCGCCUUCCUCCGCUCCGCCCCUGCCCCCGCCUUGCAACUCUGCUUUGACUAUACGGCGUUUCCAUUGUUCAUGCUACUGGAUGCGGCGGUGCAGUGCAGGAAUGAAGGCAAGGCAGCAGGGCAGGUUGUCGGGGAGCUAGACAUCUCUGAUGCCAUAGCUGAAGGCGGGCUCGCCUGCCUUGAGGUGCUCCUCUCCAAGUGCCGCCUCACCUCAGUCAACCAGAUGGUUGCAUUGCUGAAAAAGUUGACUUCCGGGGCAAUGCUUUCACCUUCGGAGGCUUCAGAGGAGUUCCGGCUAGGCAUCAUAAGAUGCUUCAGAGCCAUGCUUCUGCAAUUACAGUCAUGCUCAGAUAAGUCAUGUUUGUGUAAGCAAGCAACUGUAUUGCCCAUGACCCCAGCCUCUGUAAGUUUGGAAGUUGGUAGCGUGGUUCGCCCAAAGCACUCUGCACAACCAGAGGAGUGCUUGCUUGCAUUCCUCCGGUCCCAAAAUGCUUCAGCUGCUGUGGGACACUGGCUUUCACUUCUUCUUCAGUCAUCAGAACUUGAGGCAUCGAGAGGUCACCGUGGCAGUACAGAUGUUAGGAAGGAAUCAUUGCUUGCGUUGCGCGUUCUUAUUGCCAAGGUAGGUUCUGCUGACGCACUCGCCUUUUUCCUUCCUGGUAUCGUCAGCCGUCUUGGAAAGCUUCUCUACACAUCUAAGACUAUGAUUAGUGGUGCUGCUGGGAGUGCUUCAAGCAUUGAGCAAGCCAUUCUGGGAUUGACUGAGGCUUUGAUGAUAGUCUUCAGUGACAAAGAAAAUUCCAGCGUUCUUGAUAUGCCCCGUGACAAUAAUUCUGCUCAGUAUUCUGGUAGCAAUGGUUCAACUGACCAUGUAUUGCAGAAGCUUCGCCAACUGCCAACCAAAAAGUUAUCUAAACAGAUAGACAAUGGUGAAACUAAAGAAGAUAACAUCUCUAAUGUCACUAAUAACUCUGCUGAUAGAAGAGCACUGCAUGUGAAACGUACAAGACAAUGGCUUGAGGAAACAGCUGCAAAUAUUGAUAAAUUGUUUUCAGCCACAUUUCCGCAUCUUUCUAUCCAUCCAUCUGAGAAAGUAAGGAGGUCGGUGGUUCACGGUGUAAGGGGGCUUUUGUCUAGUUGCAGCUGCACAUUAAUGAGAAGCAAGAUGUUAUUAUUGGAAUGCUUAUGUGUUCUAGCAUGUGAUGAUGCGGCAACUGUGUCUGAGGCUGCACAAGAUUCUCUUGAUUAUCUUUUCAUGCAAGGUCAGGGUUUUCUAUCAGAAAAUGAGGUUUCUGAUAUGUUUACCAGGUUGCUUGAAAAGUUACCGCAAGUGUUACUUGGAAGCGAGGAGAUCAGUGCGCUUUCGCAUGCUAGGAGACUGUUGGCGCUCACUUUUUAUGCCGGCCCUCAGUUUCUGAUAAAUCACCUUCAUUGCUCUCCUGUUGCUGCUGCUCGCUUCUUUGAUCAUUUGGGUUUAUGCGUUAGCCAUAGCUCACAGUUUUCUGGUUCCAUGGACAAGCUGAUUGCAUCAAAACCACUAUCUGUUGGGUAUCUGUAUUCGAUUGCUGAGUUAAAGAGUGGCAUCUAUCUGAAAGAUACAACUUAUAGUUCUCAGUAUGCCGCAUCUUCAUCCAUAGCCCCACAAAUAUCUGUUAUAAAAAAUGAUGAUUUGCCAAAUGCAAUACAUGGUACAGUUGAAUAUGAGCUACCCCAUGUACCUCCAUGGUUUGUUCAUUCAAGUAGCCAGAAGCUAUACUUUUCUCUUGCUGGAAUGGUUAGGCUUGUUGGUCUAUCAACAGUUUCAGGGCAAGAAACCAGUGCAUCUUUAUCUGUUUUUGUUGAUAUUCUACUCAAUCAAUUCCGGAGGUUGAGUACUGAGCUGCGCGCCAAAGACACUCACAAAUAUGGUGUGCAGAGGUGGUGCAUGAAAAGUGAUUCUGGGCAAAUACUGCGGCAGGCAAGCUCUGCUGUUUGCAUGCUCAAUGAGCUCAUAUAUGGCUUGUCAGAUCAGUCUCUCAGUAUAUGCUUACAAUUAUUCAACAAGAGUUCAACCCAAGUAGUAAGGUUACAUAGCGGAGUUACUAAUACCAGAGAAGUUUGGAAGAUAAGUGAGCAAAUGGGCACUAAAGACCACAUUAUCCACUGUAUUGGCAGUAUUCUACAUGAGUAUAUGUCUCCAGAAAUAUGGGAUCUUCCGACAGAACAGAACUCUGAGUUGUGCCAAGCAGAACUUAAUCCUCCAUUACAUUUAUUCCAUGAUACCACCGCACUGCAACAAGUAAUGCUUGAUGGCAUUGGAGUAUUUGGUAUAGUUCUUGGUCAAGAUUUUGCACGUAGUGGGUUUAUGCACUCUUCACUCUAUCUUCUGCUCCGGAAACUUAUCAGCUCAAGUGCGCAGAUUAGAAUCACGUCAGAUGCUGUCUUAAGAACACUUGCAGCUACUGGUGGUUACUCUACGGUUGGCCAAUUUGUUGUGGCGAAUGCAGAUUACAUCAUUGACUCUCUUUGCAGACAAUUGCGCCACCUAGACCUCAAUCCCCAUGUUCCUGAUAUUCUUGCGUCCAUGCUCUGUUAUAUUGGUGCUUCUCGUGACAUCUUGCCAUUUUUGGAAGAACCGAUGAGGGCAGUUUCUUCAGAGCUGGAGGUUCUUGGUAGGCAUGAUCACCCACAUCUAACUGUUCCUUUUCUGAAGGCAGUUUCUGAGAUCUCGAAGGCAUGCAGACGUGAAUCUGCUAGUUUACCAGAUGAGGUGCAAUCAUUUUGUGUGAAGGUCAGAUCAGAAGGCCAAGCAAUCCAAAAUUUGAAAGAUAAGAUAAGAGAAACCGGUGUAAUGACUGAAACAAUGGAUGCUGAUGCUCAACCUGACUUUUGGAGAUUGGAAUAUUGGGAAGAUUUACUUUGCAAGCUAAGUGAUAUGAGAAGAUAUAGGAGAAUAGUUGGAUCUCUUGUUGGGUCCUGCUUAUCUGCUUCCACCCCACUUCUCUCCUCGACCAAGGAAGCAGUUUGCCUUGUGGCCCUUGACAUUGUGGAGGAUGCUGUUGUAUCUAUUGCCAAGGUUGAGGAGGCUUAUAAGUGUGAAAAUCAAGGGAAAGAUGUUAUUCAGGAGGCGCUCCAGAUUUUGUCCUUGGAUGAACCUCUUGAUGAUAUGGACGCUGCUGAAGAUGUUGACGAGAAUAGACUACUCCCAGCCAUGAACAAACUAUGGCCAUACUUGGUUAUCUGUCUUAAGAACAAGAUCUCAGUGCCCAUUGUCAGAAGAUGCACAGAAGUCUUAGGUAGAACCAUCCAGAUAUGUGGUGGUGAUUUUUUUGUGCGGCGGUUUUAUAAGGAUGGAUAUAUUAUUUGGAGGUUGUUGGCGUUAUCUCCAUUCCGACGAAAAACACUGUCAUUGACGGAUGAGAAAGCAAUUAUUUUACCAUAUAGGAAUACCUCACUUACCUCAGAGGAACCUAUGGCAGAGAUCUCCAGCCAAAAGAUUCAGGUCGCAGUCCUGGACAUGAUUGCUGACAUAUCUUCCAACAAAAGAAGUGCUAUUGCGUUGGAAAGUGUGUUAAAGAAGAUCUGUGGCCUUGUGGUGGGGAUUGCUUAUAGUGGUUUGAUUGGUUUGCGAGAAGCUGCUGUAAGGGCAUUGACAGGACUUGCCUGUAUGGAUUCUGACCUCGUGUGGCUUCUUCUGGCAGAUGUGUAUUAUUCACUCAACCAAAGGGAUAUGCCCUUGCCACCUAUCCAAGAUCUGGUGGAGCUAUGUGAUCUUUUGCCCCCUCCAAUGUCUUCAAGAGAGUACCUCUUUAUGCAGUAUGGUGGUGAGGGUGUUAAAUCUGAUAUAGAUCCUUCAUCCGUACAUGAGGUGUUCGAAAGGAUGGAGGAUACUGUCUUAAAAUGAUACCCGGUAAACUACACUAGUUGGAUCAUGGACUUGUGGAUCUGCUAUUAGCAUAUUUAUAGUUGAAUCCAUCUCUAGCAUAUCGUCCAUGCCUCGCCGCUCUCAGAGACAUUGUAUCUCACUGAGGUCAAUUAUGAAACAUCUUUUCAACACUGAAAGGCAAUGCAUCAAUUUUAGAGGAAGAGGAUAUAUAUAGCCCAUUUCCACAUUAUUUUUACCUUAUCCCACAAAGGGCGAACUGGAGCUACAGGGAAAAUUUCUUGCUGUAAGGAGACAACAAUUUUGUUAUAAGUUAAUUAUAUGGGAUGCUGUCUGCCAUCAGUAUAUCUUCGAGGGCGCAACCACUUGCGACUUGGAGUUGUUGUAGCAUGACUACUGUAGAAGGCAACUGCAUUUUUGCCCACAGCUCUAGUCACAGGGAGAAAUGCUUCUGUAAUUAUGUAGUCUACAGUUUUUUUGGGUGAAAAGAUGAUGUUAGGCUUAAAUUUAUUUUAGGGUGUUCUGUUGGAAUUUGUUUCCACAAAUUUCUGUUUGGGUUUCAUAUCUAGCCUACCCCAACUUGCUUGGGACAAAAGGCUUAGUUGUUGUUGUUGUUGGAGUUUGUUACAUCUGCGGGCUUAAAUUUUUUCAAGAAACAUGAUGUUGCUGUCAAAUUCUCAGUUUUGUUUCGAUUUAAAGUGUGAGCAAGCGCCUCAUUUAUUUUA